UUCAUUGACAACGAUAUUUUGAUGCGUCAACAAGGACGCGUAGAGCUCUACACUGAGACUACAGGUUGGGGUUCACUAUGUGGCAAUAGUAGUGACAUACGAGAUGGACAGGUGUUGUGCGGGAUGCUGGACUAUCCAGGUUUGGAUUCAAUACAGAAUAUGAACUAUAACGAAAAUUGGCUUCCAAUUACCAAUGUUGGUCUGAACUGCACUGGCACUGAGAAUAGCAUUGAUCACUGCAUAUACAAUACAAGCGAUAGCACCACUUGCGACAAAGUGACGCGCAUCGACUGUGAAGAUGCAGUACGGCUCGAAGAAGGUCCUUGUGAUUCAGAAGGUAGAGUCGAGGUUUAUCAGCACGGCUCCUGGGGACCUGUUUGUGAUGAUAACUUCACGAUAGCGGAUGCAACCGUUGUGUGCCGAAUGUUCGGAUUGCAAUUGGUGGAACUCUUAGACUGGGACGUCCCACCAUCUGUAGUGUCUUCGAAUAGCGCUACGUUGAAGAAUCCCUGGUGUACCAGAAAGGAUAGAGAUAUCCGAUAUUGCAUUCACGAACCAAACGCAACUUGCAAUAAAUACGCAGCCGUCAAAUGCAGCGAUCCCCUAAAUGUAUGUCUAGCCGAUUGUCAAGAUUAUGAUUCAUUUGAGUCCUUGGAUUGUCCUCAAAGCCAAACAACUCAGGAAGACACUACUCGAGGGAUCACAUCGACUAUAUCUACGGUAUCUACAACUAUCAGCUCUUUAGGCCAAACAUCACAGGAAGACACUACUCAAGGGAUCUCAUCUACUCUAUCUCCGGUAUCUACAACUAGCAGCUCUUUAGUUACAACUCUCUCACCAAUCAAAGAAGAAGUUAAUAAGAUAGUGAAUACAAAUAUCACGAUGGACAAUAUAGAAGUUAUAUCUGAUGAAUUAGCGAAUGUAACAGAGAAAUCAACGAAAUUUGAUGAGGAACUCCUGGAGUCGGUCACCGACAAAUUAAGAAGCAUCGUUGGAUUUGCAUCGGAGCAGAACUUAACAGAAGAUGUCAUUGUACAAGUUUCCGAGAGCGUGAUAGGAGCGGUGGAUAAUAUCUUAAACAUCCCAGAGAGUACCUUCGAGACAGCGAGCUCCCAGCAGGUCUCAAACGAAAUACUGACUAUAAUCUCCACAUUGACUGAAGUCAUUCAAAAGACAUCCACUAACAACUUCACCUACAGGUAUGAGGAUAACGGUGCCGUUGGUCUCAUUGACCGGAAGCGAUGGAUUCCCUUCCUAGCUUGUCUCAGUAUUGAGUGAUAUCGAGUUUUUAGAAAUCAGAGUCGAAUCCAUUUGAAAUUCCUUAUGAUUUAUUUUAAAGAUUGAAUUUUAUAAACCGCGAUCAUGCACACUAAAAAAUAAAGGUAAA